GAAAGCAAACGUGCCAUCAACCUUGGCCUAUGCCUCGGAAUCGGAGCCAGCUCUCCGCAACCGCAUCGCGAACUUGCACCCGAAAGCCUUUGUUUCCGAUGAUGCUGCCAAUAGGAUCGCAAAGAUCCAGCCGGAUGCCUUCUUGCUCGAGCAGGUGCCCGACAUUGUCAAGCACAAGAAGUUCUUUGGCAACGUCUUGGCCAA